CGCCCGCCCGCCUCGGGGCCCCGGUUCCAGUUGGUGCGGAGCAGCCGCGAGCGGAGCUCCCGCCCGGGACCGCAGCGGCAGGCGACGUCGCGGCCACCUCCGCUGCACCCUGACUUCUGCCACUCGGGAGCAGGCAUCCACUCCUUCCCGGUCUCCCUUUGUCCAGUCCCCCCAUCCGCUCCCUCCCCCAUCCCUUCUCCUAUCCCCUACCCUGUGACACCUUCCCUCCUCUGUCCCUCUCCCCUUGUCCCCCGCUCCUGUGUUUCUAGCCAGCGCGCUGCACACCCCUUGGACGAUCAGCACCCCGUGUUCUCCGAGGGCGAUCCGCACCCUGUGCACCCCUUUCUCUCCUUCAGCUCCAUCUCACCGCCCGCCUGGCCUCUCGCUCGCCAGCGGCUCCCUGCUCCCAUCCCGAGUGGGUUGCGCGCCGGGCAGCCGCCUGGUCAUGUCAGGAUGGAGAUCCGGCAGCACGAGUGGCUCUCGGCCUCCCCCCACGAGGGCUUCGAGCAGAUGAGGUUGAAAAGCCGCCCCAAGGAACCCUCGCCCAGCCUGACCCGAGUGGGCGCGAACUUCUACAGCAGUGUCAAGCAGCAGGACUAUAGCGCCAGCGUCUGGCUCCGGAGGAAAGAUAAGCUAGAACACUCCCAGCAGAAGUGCAUCGUGAUCUUCGCUCUGGUCUGCUGCUUUGCAGUUCUGGUCGCGCUGAUCUUUUCAGCUGUGGACAUCAUGGGAGAGGAUGAGGAUGGACUCUCGGAGAAGAAUUGCCAAAAUAAAUGUCGAAUCGCUCUUGUGGAAAACAUUCCUGAAGGCCUUAACUACUCUGAAGAUGCCCCAUUUCACUUACCGCUUUUCCAAGGCUGGAUGAACUUACUCAACAUGGCCAAAAAGUCUGUUGACAUAGUGUCUUCCCAUUGGGACCUCAACCACACCCACCCAUCCGCAUGUCAGGGCCAACGUCUCUUUGAGAAAUUGCUCCAGCUGACGUCGCAAAACAUUGAAGUCAAGCUGGUGAGCGACGUGACGGCAGAUUCAAAGGUAUUAGAAGCCUUGAAGUUAAAGGGUGCUGAGGUGACCUACAUGAACAUGACCGCCUACAAUAAGGGCCGGCUGCAAUCGUCCUUCUGGAUUGUGGACAAACAGCACGUGUACAUUGGCAGUGCAGGCUUAGACUGGCGAUCACUUGGACAGAUGAAAGAACUCGGUGUCAUCUUCUACAACUGCAGCUGCCUGGUCCUAGAUUUACAAAGGAUAUUCGCUUUAUACAGCUCAUUAAAAUUCAAGAGCAGAGUCCCUCAGACCUGGUCCAAGAGACUCUAUGGAGUCUAUGACAAUGAAAAGAAGCUUCAGCUCCAAUUGAACGAAACCAAGUCGCAGGCCUUUGUGUCGAACUCUCCCAAACUCUUCUGUCCUAAAAACAGAAGCUUUGACAUCGAUGCCAUCUACAGCGUGAUCGAUGAUGCCAAACAGUACGUGUACAUCGCAGUCACCGACUACCUGCCUAUCUCCAGCACGAACACCAAAAGGACUUACUGGCCAGACUUAGAUGGGAAGAUACGAGAAGCCUUGGUUUUACGAAGCGUCAAAGUCCGGCUGCUCAUAAGUUUCUGGAAGGAGACCGAUCCCCUCACGUUUAACUUUAUCUCAUCUCUUAAAGCUAUUUGCACUGAAAUAGCCAACUGCAGUUUGAAAGUUAAAUUUUUUGAUCUGGAAAGAGAGAACGCAUGUGCAACAAAAGAACAAAAGAACCAUACCUUUCCAAAAUUAAACCGCAACAAGUACAUGGUGACAGACGGAGCUGCUUACAUCGGAAAUUUUGACUGGGUAGGGAAUGAUUUUACCCAGAAUGCUGGCACGGGCCUUGUCAUCAACCAGGCAGAUGUGAGAGACAACAGGAGCAUCAUUAAGCAACUUAAAGACGUGUUUGAGAGGGACUGGUAUUCGCCUUAUGCCAAAUCCAUACAGCCGACCAAACAGCCGAACUGUUCAAGCCUGUCUAAACUCAAGUCUCCCUCCAACCAACCUGCCAUUGCCAAUGCUACCGGGAGGGAGCCCCUGAGUGAAUAGCUCACUAACAGACACACAAGGCUUCAAACCAAACGCAGGAAGGACUAGAGGAAAGACAACGAUUUACAACAUCUUUUCUUUUAUUAAGGAGAAAUAAAAAGCACACUUAUUAUUAAAAAUGUUCUCUGAAUGACAUGUAAUAUCUAGCUAACAACAUCUUAGCACCGUAUAUUAAAUUUAAGACUUUUGUAU